AUGUCCUUGAGCCCAAAGCACUCAACUCCUUUCUCAGUGACAGAUAUUUUAAGCCCGAUCGAGGAGACCUACAGAAAGUUUGGAGGCAUGGACAGUACAGGGAACCUCGCGUCUUCGCUGGGCGCAUACCGACAAACUCAGGUGUCUCAACCGGGCAUCCAGCAGCACGCCAUGUGCCAUAACACCGGGGUGGGGAGCACCUAUCACAUGCCACACAGCGUCUCCCAAUUUUCCAGUGCCAUAGGAGGCUACUGUAAUGGGAGCAUCGGGAAUAUGGGAGACCUCCCGUCUUACCAAGACACAAUGAGAAACGGCGCAGCAGCAACUGCGUGGUAUAGCGCAAACACCGAACCCCGCUACCCAACAAUUUCUAGAUUCAUGGGGGCUACCACUGGGAUGAACAUGACCGGGAUGGGGACAUUGGCAGGGAUGGAUGCCACCAAAUCCAUGGUCACCUUACACUCUGCGCCCAGGAGAAAACGACGGGUGCUCUUCUCUCAGGCCCAGGUGUACGAGCUGGAGAGGCGCUUUAAGCAGCAGAAAUACCUGUCGGCACCCGAGAGAGAACACCUGGCAAGCAUGAUCCACCUGACACCGACCCAGGUAAAAAUUUGGUUUCAGAACCACAGGUACAAAAUGAAACGCCAGGCAAAGGACAAAGCGAACCAGCAGAUUCAACAGGAGAACGGCAGUGUCUGCCCACAGCAACAGUCACCGAGGCGGGUAGCAGUCCCGGUUCUCGUGAAGGAUGGCAAACCCUGCCAGAACGGGUCAAGCAUAACGACGUCUGGGCAACAGCAGGUGCAGCAGAACGUGUCCGGUGGUGCGAUGACGGCAUCGGGAAGUGCGGUGGUUAAUCACCAUAAUCAGCAGGUGAAUAAUCCGUUAUCAUCCGAAGAAUUGGAGGAAAUGUCCCCCAGUUCCCCUAUCCUACACAGCCAGAUAAACAUGGCUCAGACAGACGCGGCUCUCCUCGAGUACACCAAUAACAUGGUCAGUUCAAACCUGCUUUAUGGCAGAACUUGGUAAAAGGGAGAAACCUGCCA